CGACGGUCGAUCAGAGGGGUUGUAAUAAUUUAUAAGAUUUACAGUCCGUGGACGAUCACCAGACUCCCUUUGAAAACAAAGAGAGGAGUAAUCGUCACCUGCAGACAUCUUUAUUAAUGAUUGGAUUGUAGCGCACCAGGACUGCAGCAGCAGCAGCAGCAGAGAUGAGGAUCCGGCUGCAGGGUCCCAGCCAUGCUGCCAGCCUUCUCGCUGAACUCAACAGCUGCCGCCAGUCACGUCGAUACUGCGAUGUGUUCCUGCAGGUUGGCAACCGCACAUUUGCAGCACACCGUGCGGUGCUGGCCUGUGCUGGGUCAUACUUCCGUAACCUGUUCGCCCGGGCUCCAUCCUCGUCCAGCGCUGCCUUCUCUCUGGAGUUCAUCUCCCCAGCCAACUUUGAGAAGGUGCUGACAUUUGUGUACACGGGGGAGAUCUUGACUGACCUCAUAGAUGUCGGGGUGCUGUAUGAGCUGGCAGAGAGGCUGGGCGUUAGUGAACUGGUGAGGGCCUGUCACGCCACCUUCCCAGACCUGCAGACUUCAGUGUCUGCAAACUGUAAAGCAGGCAGUCCUGGAGACCUCGCCCUGGACUCUAGCAUGGUUGCUGCUGCUGCUGCGUCCACAGUGGCUGCCGUUAGUGCAGCUUCUGUAUCUGCAUCAUCUGUGUGUUCCUCUGCCGCCUCCUGCUCCUCUCUGUCUUCACCAGCUGGUCCGUCUGCUGCCCCGACCCCUGCUGCCGCUCCCUCGCCUCUCUUCCAAGCCAGGGCAGCCAGGAUCAGCCGGGACACUCACAGUGUGGCUCUGUCUCUGGACCUGAAGGCAGAGGACAUGCAGUCUCAUAUCGGCUACGGGCAGAUGGCAGCAGAUCAUCAACUACAAGGAGGACACAGUCUUCUAGCCAACAGUCAUUCCAGUCAGAGUGAUGGCGUGCUGCCUCCGGGGCCUGUGCUGCAGCUGAAGACAGAGCAGGGGCUGGAAGACGAGGCCGAAGGCAGGUGUGAGGACAGAGACACAGAUGGACAAAUGGUUUCUGAGAGCGCGGGAAGCUCUCUGCCACAGAGCAGCAACGCUGCACAGUCUGUCUCCUGCUCCUUCCCUGACUCCUCAGCUCAACUCGGAGCCGAGGUGUGUGACCCAACGUCAUCCUCAGGAGAGCCUCUGGCCAGCCUGCAGGUGGGAUCAGUGGAGGGCAGCGUGGUGGACGUCCAGAGGGACGGCAGGCUGAUGUUUGCAGAGGUGGAAGCGGGAGUGAGUGAGGAGGAGAGGGAGGCUCUGAAAGGGAAUGGAGCAAUAGAGGGUACGGAGGAGGAGCAGUGGAGACAGCUGGCAGGUGAGAUCAUCGAGCUGAGCGACGAUGAGAACUUUAUGGAGGAAGGAGAUGAGGAGGAAGAUGAAGAUGACCUUGUGUACGUGGAGAAUGGAGAGGGAGGGAACUCAAGCAGCCAGGUGACGGGGAACACACUGUCAUGUAAAGCCUGCGCGGUGCCUCUGCCAGCAGACCCUGCCGCCAUCAGAAGACACGCUGAGACUCACCUGACGGAGCUGGGGAUCUGCAGACUGUGUGGAACCUCGUUCCCAGACCGCACCGCCGGUGUCACCCACUCCCUCUCCCACGUUGGGCUGCAGCUCUUCACCUGCGACAUGUGUCAGUUGCAGUUUUGUAGCCAAAACAAACUGCUGCGUCACCACCACCAGACAGCCUCCAGUUACACGAUACCACAGGGGGCGCUGACCAGCAGCGGCCAGGGGCCGAGCUCCGAGCUGCAGUGUGCAGUGUGCAACAAAACUCUCAGCAAGGACUUCCAGACGGUCAAAGACCACCUGCUGGGCCACGUGUGUCCUCAGAGCCUGAGCUGUGGUGUGUGUCACCUCCCCCAGCUGUCCCUGUGCUCCCUGCUGUGGCACGCCCUCGCCCACCUCUCUCUGCCCGUCUUCACCUGUCCGCACUGCGCCCGCUGCUUCGUAGAGCGCUCCCUGCUGGAUAGACAUAUGACUGUACACGCUGAGGAGGCGGCGGCUAAGGAGCGGGAGCGGUCGGCGCUGAGGGCCUACAGAGUCGGGGCGGAUGGAGUCGGGGGAGGUGGUAUGGCGGGAGUGGAGGAGUUGCAUUGCUUCCUGUGCCCACAGACUUUCCGCUCCUCCUCUGCCUUUCAGUACCACCUCAGCCUGCACACCAACGAGUCCCUGGGGGCCGGGGGAGGUGUCGGGAGUCCGAGCUGGUUGGGCAAACGUAAAGCUGACCAGUCUCUGGAGUGCCCACCGUCUUCCUCCUCUCCACGGGAAGUCGGUGGCCUUGUCAAAAUGAGCAGCCUAGGUUUGGGGCUGGGAAUGAGCUUCAGCAUACCAGAUAAGUUUUUCCAAGGGUCAAUGCACAACCUGCCCUCUGGGAUGUUGACCAAUGGGAGUUCAGUUCAGGACGGAGGAGUCGGGGCAGCAGGCGUCCGUGGGAAAUGGUACCGGUGUCGCUACUGUGGCAAACGCUUCGCACACUCAGGUGAGUUCACCUACCACCUGCGCAUCCACACCGGGGAGAAACCCUACCAGUGCAAAGUCUGCCUGCGCUUCUUCAGAGGCCGCUCCACCAUGAUCUGCCACCUGAAGACGCACGCCGGCGCCCUUAUGUACCGCUGCACCGUCUGCGGCCUUUACUUCUCCACGCUGAAGCUGGUGUCAUCGCACAUGGAGCUCCACAAGGACCACCUGCCCCCGGACUUCAACAUCGAGCAGACCUUCAUGUACAAUGAUCACUCUAAAGAACCGCUGCCCACUGUGGACGCCUGAUGUGUCGGCGUGGUGUUCCUCUCCUCGUCCCUUUUCCCUCUCUCUGACACUUCCUCUGUGUCUGGUUGUCGUGGACCACAAACUGUAUACAAUAGACUAGUAGGGCUGAAAAUAAUGAUUAUUUUUAUUAUUGAUUUUUUAAUGAAUUGAUUAAUCGUUUAGUCUGUAAAAUGCCUGAAAAAAAUUUAAAUGGUUGUCACUUUUGCUCUAAAUGUCAGGUGACAGCUUCAGAUUGUUUGUUUUAUUCCACGAACAGUCCAAAACCCAAAGAUAUUCACUUUAUGAUGAUAGAAAAAAAUGCAGCAAAUCAUCAUCUUUUCUUAGUAAAUGUCUUAAAUGAAAACUUCAGCUGCAAAAUGACAGUAUAUCAGUUACUCACCACGUUUCCUUGAAUUCAUGAAGAAGUCUUUUGUUUCCUCACAUGCCUCCUCAGUAAACGGAGAAUCCAAAAAAAGAACAUUCUUCAUGAAUUGACGUCAACAGAGACUGCAUUUAACAACAAAAAAACAACAUCAAAACAUCCAUUUACGAACUCCCACACAAUUUUUGUUGUAUAUCCCAAGUCUCAUAUAUCCAGUCUUAUGCUCAGCACUUCCCAAACAGAUGUAUUUCUGCUAAAACGUAAGAAUAUAAAUCACUUCUACCCACCAGUAGCCCACCCUGAGCUUACCUGGUCGUAUGUACAUGUCUUAAAUCAUAAUGUUUUGGAGAACUGAGCGUGCAACUGGAUAAAUGAGACUUGGAUCAUACUGCACGAGUUGUGUGAGAGUUUGUAAAUGAUGUUUUUAAAUGUGGACCGUUUACUUCAAUUCAUGAAGAACGUUUUUUGGAUUCUCCGUUCACCGUGGAGGCCUGAAGAAGAACUGUUUUCUUGCAGGUAUUCAAGGUAACAGCUGAAAUUCAUGGGGCACAGAUAUGAUGCGUCAGGUAGGCAGGGCGGAGCAGGGUUUUUUACCUGCUACACAGACUCGUCUCAGUAGCAUGUGGUUGCUGCCAGCUUUAUUGUGUGUGCAGUGAGUUUUCCAAGUGAUGAUGCAGUUGGGUCUGCUGGGAUUGGAAACAUAUAGGCCAGUGGUUCCAAACUGGUGGGUCAUGGGUCCUUUCUGAAUAGACCGUAAGUGACUCGCAAAUGUGUCAAAUUUGUAAAAUACAGUUUAUUUUGAAGUGCAGUGAAUUUUCGGCACAGAGCUUUUAUUUUGAAGUGCCAUUUCCUGCUGUAGAGUGAGGGACUUAUGGACAGCUACUUGACAGAGACAUCAAACUAGCUUUUUGACAACAUGGCCAAACGCAAGUAUGAAGCUUAAUAUAUUAAACUGUGUGGACCUUGAACUAAAGACUACGUAGAAAUCUGGACCCUGUGGCUGGAGCUGUUGGGAACCACUGAUAUAGGCUUUAUUAACUGGUGCUAAAUUAAUUAAAAGGAGUGUUUUAACUACAGGAUGCAUAUAUUUGAUUGAUUCAUUUUAAAGUGAAAUUUAAAACCACACACACGGUUGCUCUGCUGGUAUCAUUGCCUCUUGUACAAUGAGGUAUUUUUAAUGAUUUGUAGACAGGUUGUACAUGUUUUUUACACAGUUUUAUGUAGUUUUUACCUGUCGUAGAAAAAAAAAAAUAGACCAGCCGCGUACAUAUAACAAUGAGCAGUGGGGUGCACACAUGGACAAGCCUUUGUGUCCCAUGUAUUUCAGCUGUAACACGCAGUAAGUCAUUGAUAUACAAUUCAAUCCCAUUCUUUUUGAUUUCAUUUAUAAAGCUCAAUAUCAUAAAUCACAAUUUGCCUCAGAGGGCUUUACUGCGUACGACAUCCCUCUGUCUGUCUGUCUCAAAAAAUCCUUUAACGGUUAAAGACAUAUAUACACAAAUGGUCAUUUUCUGGGUGAAGUAUUCCUUCUUAUUCCUAAACCACAUUUUACUUUUCAAUCAGUCGACUAAUCGAUUAAUCAGCUCAGUAAUAGACUUAGACUUUUAGAUUGUAGUGGACAUCUUAUCUGUCAGAUGCCGUUCACUGAGUCGACCUGUUCGGAGGUUCGGCCUCUUUGAACUAAGAUAAAAAGAAGCCACUUGGUGGCAGUGUAUCCUGUUCUGUGUCAGUGAGAGAAGGGAAGCUGGUGGAUCGUUGACCAUGUCAUGCAGCGCUCUGCUCUGCCUAUAAUAUGUACUCUGAACAAGUCUGUAUCUUUACAACCUAAAUAUGACGAUAGGUUUUCAUGUCAGUGGUUGAUAAUUACACUGUUAUUAUUAAAGUAGCACCUCAUUGUAGCAUAGAAAUUAUUUUCCUAUAUUUGCAGUCACUAUUUUCACACUUUUUUAUGUCUUUUAAAGUUUAAUUCUUCACUUUACAAAUACAGCAUGACCAGCCACGUUAUGAAGUUCAUUUUGUUUCUCGUUGAGACAUAAAACAUGUUUUUAAUGUUGAGGAGGCGUCUUUAUGAAAGCUGUCUAUCUGCCAUUAGUCACAUGCUGUAUUCACUUGUUUAGAGCGUUUAAAGCAUGUCGUUCUGUAGAAAUAUUUAAGUGCCCAUCACGUCUGUGUGAUAUCUGUGGCUUACCUCAUAUUUAUGAUGACAUUGUAACUAUGUGUUAUUUUUUUAUGCCUUUAUACAUGCCAUUAUCUGUUUCUAAAGCUAUCUAUGAAUGUUGGCCUUUUUUUUAAAUUAUUGUUUUUGAAAAGAAUUAAAUAAACGCCUCUAGGAA